AAUGACUGCUGUCUCUCCUCAGAUCGAGCCUUUCUUCGUAUCGGUUUCUCUGCUGGACAUACGUGAGGGCAGGAAGGUUUCCGCUGACUUCCAUGUGGACUUAAACCACGAGGUUGUGCGGCAGAUGCUCAGUAGCUCUGGUAGUGCGGGAGAUCAAGGCUCGGAUGGUGCUCCGCACGAGAAUGGCCUGACCUCACCUGUGGAGAAGAAGACAGAGGACUGCCAGCUGAGCUCCGAGCUGGAGAACUGGCUGCGCUUCCCCAAACAGGCGAUUUUUUCCAUUACGAACCCACAUACAGACAUCGUGAUGGUGGCACGGGUGGAGAAAGUGUUGAUGGGAAAUAUUUCCAGUGGUGCAGAACCCUACAUUAAAAACACAGAUUCCAGCAAG